AUGGCCGACACAGAGACAAAAUCAUCAGAAUACAAUUCUAAGAAAUCUGCACUAGAAUCCGCUUUCGACGCAGCAAUCUCAUCUGGUUCAAAGACCAGACUGGGCGUCAGAGAAGCCCCGUCCUUGGAAGAACUGGACAGAUUUUCAAAGAAAGAGUGCCGCUCAAUCAAGGAGCACCAGUUCGAGAGGCCGAAUUCGAGACCUUGCAGAAAGCGCCGCGCUCCGCGAAUUCCAUCUCACAUCAAAAAUCCCGAAAAAUUCAAAAAGUAUGACUUGAGCGAUGUAUCUUUGAGCUCAUCACAAGAUAAUAAAAAAGCAGCUUUAUCUUUUCUCGCUGAAAUGCGCGAUAGAAAGGAGCCGAAGGAAGAUCCCUACGACGAAGAACGCGAUGGAAAGCUCGUUUUCAAGAAACCCACACUUUCUUCAAAGAACAAAUCAAAAUCAACCUCAAAGUCAAAGACAUCCAAGACUUCAGAUCGACAAGGUGCAGAAAUCACGCAUUUUGAACACGACUGGCGAGAAGAACUGGAGGCGAAAGCUGCCUCAAGUCUCGUCGAAAAAUCAAUCGAAAGCAAUGAAACUCCCGAGAAAACGACUUUUGCCAAGAAAACUCGACGGAAAAACAUUCGAAAACGGACUGAAUCUGACGAUGAAUAG